ACCGUUCAUAUUUCGAAAGUGAAAAUGGGCAGAUAAAGUUUUUGCCUUGAUAUUUGGCAGUUUUAUCUACAAAUUGUCUUCAUCCCGGGAUUCCCGGGAUUGUCGGUAUUUCUGAAAUGAUAUCCCGGGAUUCGGGAAAUCCCGAAAUCACUCAAAUCCCGGGAAUUCUUGUCCCGGGAUGUCCCGGGAAGGACACUCUACACCGUACAUAUGUAUACAUAAACAAGAUUUUCAUAAGAAGCGCUGCAUUUUGUUUAGGUCUACGUGUAGCACCCACCUUUGGGUUUGAUUUGUGUAAAUAUACCAUACAAUUUUUUUUUUUGUGUAAAUAUACCAUACAAUUUUUUAUGGAGCCUUUUUGUUUUUUUAUGGUGCAUUUUCAAUUUUCUGUGGGUGCAUUAAAUAGGCUGCCUUAGGGGAAGUGUUCCAUAUGUUCAGCAGGCUGCUCCCAAUUCCAUCUUACUCAAAACAAAUGAUUGAAGCGCUGUUAUUUUUGUUAGAAGUGAGCACGCAUGAUAACAAAAAGAACGGAAUCAAUCGGUGCCGUAGAGUAAUGCGGGGCAAAAGUUCGCAGUGGGUCUUUCUCAGCACAUGAGUUUAAAACCCAAGCAAAUCUCUAUGGGCUGGACACAUUAGCAGGUUAGCUGUUCGCCAAUAGAAAAUGGAAAUAUUUUGCAAUGUUGUGGCAGGUUUAUAAUUCAGCUGUUUUGAUCUAAUUUUUGGACAUUUUGGAAUAAGCUUUUGCAGUCAUAGGAAUAAGAAAAAUCACAAAACCCCCAGAUGCCGAAAGAUCGUCAUUGUACAGUCGUUUAUGAGGUGCACUCAUUUCAAUACAAAACUUAAAGCGCUACAUGUAGGCUGUUGUUACAGCCUCAACAGUGGGGCAGAAGUUCGCACUUGAUUUUUGGAUCUAGCACAUCCAUAUGUUUGCUGAUAUUAUGGAAUAGAAACUGUUAAACUUGUAUAAAAUGUGUAGCAUAAACUCUAAAACUUUUUUGGCAGAGGGUUUGAACCUAAUUUUGGAAGGAUAGCGAUUGCAAGAGCAGUGUUUUUUGCGUUUACCAUUUGGGCAGCGGAACCUAUUUUGGGUACAUUCAGCUAUAGCUCAUUCGAUUUAGAGCCUACUAAUUAUAAUUUUUGUACAUGGUUAGAUUCUGUACAUAUCUCACAAAUAUAAAAACAAGAAAAAGAAUACAAAAUUAACCCAGUUAUAACGUGAAGUACCCAAAAUAGGUCCCUCUGCCAAAAGUAUACUAGUCCCUAUUUUCAUGAUAGCAUAGCAUAGCAUAGCAUGAAUACUUGCACAAAUCUUGGAUGGAGUUGCAAAGUUGAAUAUUUCCAUUGACAUUGCUGAUGUCGCUACUAUCUACAAUGUCAUAGAUUCACUCAGCUCCACACACCUGGCCAAGUCUUCGCAAGCAUUUAUAAAUCCCUUCAUCAACUUAGAAAGAGCCCAGAACUGAAGCAUCUUCCAAUAGAUGAAAGGAUGUUGAAAAUAGCGAAUUUUCAACUUAUAUGCAGUUAUAAAGUAAAUAUACUGAAGUAGAAUUAUUUAUAAAUGAAUAAUAUUGGAAAGAUCUCACCAAUUGUUGUGGGGUUUUUGUGGUUCAAUGCCGAUCAUCUAAUUGCCUUGAUUAAUGUUCUUCUCUGUAAAGAACAACACAAUACUCAGCAAAGAACAACACAAUAUUGAACACUAAACUCCCGCGCAUCUAUUGUUUUGAUUUUCACUCGAGACAGUAGCGAACGCGAUCGAUUAUGCUGCCAUACUCACCCCUUACAGGAGCGAUGCAUGCACAGCAAAGAACAACACAAUACUGAAUACUAAACACCCGCGCAUCUAUUGUUUUGAUUUUCACUCGAGACAAUAGCGAACGCGAUUGAUUAUGCUGCCAUACACAGCAAAGAACAACACAAUACUUAUACUCUAUACUAGUCCCUAUUUUCAUGAUUACCCGAAAAUAUAUGCAAAAUCCUGAAUACACAAACGCAGCAGAUCUUUUUCCAGUUGAGCCGUAAUGGUAAGCAUAAGAAAAACAAAUAAUAUGGCUAAAAUGAAUGGAUGAAUAUGAAUAUGAACAUUACAUAAACGAACUUUUUAUCAGCAGCUAUUAAACAAGUGCGAACUUUUGCCCCCAGCAUGGGCCAAUACAAAUAUUGGCUGGUCCAGGGGGGGGGGGGCGACGAAAAUAAUAAAGCAUUUAUUUUAAAAAAAAAAACAAAAUAAAUCUCAUGCGAAAAUCGGAUCGAGUUUUGCGUUUACUUUAUAGUUACAGAUGAAUUAAGAAAAGGAAUCAAGUCUACUCAGUUUCUCCUAUGAUAUACUAUGAUAUACUUAGCGUUGACGUUGCAGUUCUCUAAGAAACUUUCUAAAGCAAGCUUGCUUGUUUUAUAUAUUAUGAAAAUAGAAUAUAGAGUUUGGUACAUACUUAUACCAGAAAUACGAACAUGUAUAAAUUUACGAAUCUUGUUCUUUAUUCCAAAAUAGGUUUCGCUGGAUUUGUCACAACCAAACUGAGACAACUUGGAUGGCAAUGCAUACCUGCUGUCAAAGACAACUAUUUUGUGGUCUCUGAAAACUGUUUGAGGGUACCUGUUUAUUGCGUUUGGGGUGAUGUAGAGCCAUGCAAUCUUCUCAUCCUUGACUACUAUCCGGAAUCGUUGGAGUGUAAUCCUGAAAAUCAAUCUAAGGUUUUCAUUGCACGAGCUACUGAUAUGCCACUGAAACACUGCGAACAUACAUAUCGGGUUCCUCAAAUACGAGGAGAUUCAAGAAAUGUCGCUUUAAUUGAUUCUUCGAGAAUGACACCAAAAACGCACGAUGAGUAUUUAAUAACGCGUUACGGAGAGAUGAACAGCCUAGUAGCUAUGGAGAAGUGGCCAGCUUCUAGGCAGACACUAAAAAAUGUCAGAAGCGAAUACUUGAACAGGUUUCGGCUCGCAAACGAUAAUGUCACAGAACUGGCUAUGUUAUGGGAAAAUGAAAGGCAGAUGCCUGAAACCUUGGUUGGUCCACUCGAUGAGUUUCGGUAAGCUAAUUGUAAAUUUUACUUAAAUAAUAUAUUGUACGGUCAUUAUCUACAUUAGACUCAAUCCUAGCUACAGUGUUUCCAACAAAAAAAAGGUCUAACGGCAUGUAGUACACAUUGGUACGAAGGUUCUCAGAAUUCAAUGGUAGCCUACCUUUCCAGAAAAAUAUAGUGGAGAACAAAAAAAUUUCCACGGACACCACAUAUGUACUUUAAAAAAUCCUAAGCAAAAACAAAAUAUUUUUUUUUAGUCUUUAUUAUAGAGACUUUCAGCCUGGGGCUGGAAUUGUUCUCCACAAAUUUUUUCUCCUGUUGAGUUUAAUUGGUUAAAAAAGUCGGAGACAUUAUUUUUUGUAAUUGCGUUGCGAAUUACCCUACUUUUCACUCGCGGUAACAACUAAAUAACUGCUGCUGCAUGACGACGACGGAACUUUGAAAAUUUUCGAUAGCUAGCUUUCCAUAGCCUACCUGAUCGAACAAAAACACCACGCUGACGCGCAUGGAGGCUCGCACGUGUUCCCUUCUGAUACAGGUUUGAAUAGCUAGAAAAUAUUAUACCGAACGAGUAUUUUUGCAAUUACAAAAAACUUUGUAUGCAACUCGUUGCAAAACUCAAUUUUUUCAGCACUCGUCGUAUUUAUCCAACUCGGCAAGCCUCGUUGGAUAAACGUACGACUCGUGCUUAAAAAAUCAUCAUUUUGCAACUUGUUGCAUAAAUAACUAUAGGAAAUCCGAAAAAAAUCUCAAAAAAACAUUUUUGGAAGGGAAUAACAUAAGCUAUAGUCUGUGAAGUUUUCAAGAUGUGUUUUUUUUAUCCUGAGUAACGACCAAUUUUCUGAACAUUGUCCAGAUGUUGGUUGAUUUUCGACCAUCUUGAUUAUUAAUUUGCACAAAAAUAAUCAUUACUCAGGAACGAAAAAAACACGUCUUGAAAAUUUCACACAAUAUCCCUUUCGGGACGAACCAGCACAACAGAUAUAACAGAUCUGCACAAUUUUUUCAUCUGUAUAAUCUUUUUUGUAUGUCAUGUAAAUUGUUCUAAUUAUUGAAUCAUUAUGUUUACUUGUAUGUGUGCGAAAAACUUUUUGUUUAAAUUGCAUAUGCCAUUUACUACAACAAAUAAAACACACUCCCAGUCAAUCGUUCAGUUGAUUCAUUGUGCAACUGUCAUUGGUUCGGCUCAAUCACGGAGUAGCAACCAUACAUAUGUGCAGUCAGCUAAGCUAAAGCUAAGCUAAGCUAAGCUAAGCUAAGCACAACAAAUUAAACAAAAAAUGAACAAAAUCGUAGAACAUGAAAAAGUUUUAUCUGUCGCAUAUUUUUUAUUUUCGAUUUAUCUAGGUAGAAAAACCUAGACAUCGAAAGAUAUAGAGUAGUUCUUCCAAAUGACGAAUAAAAAGUAUUGUUUUGUUAAGAAGUCUAAUGGUGGUAAGCUCCACGGCGUAUUAGACGCCAAUCUCGUAUUAUCCUCGAUUUUCCUAUAGAAAAAUCAAGGAUAAUAUGAGAUUGUCGUCUACUAUGCCAUGAAGCUUACCACCAUAAGAGCUCUAGAGAGCCAAAGUUGGGCCAUUUGUAUGGAGAUUUCCAAUUUUAGUGCUCCGUCCCGAAAGGGAUAUAGCUUAUAAAAUUUCCUUCAAAAAAAAAUUUUUUUUGAGAUUUUCUCCGGACUUUUUAAAUAGUUUUUCGGACUUUUCCAACCGAUUUUCCUCAACUGAUUCGGUUGAUUGUUUUCCGGUUCGUCGGAACGUUUUCCGAGAAGUGAAAGCAGGAGACCGCCGCAUUUCUGUCUGCGAAGACUGGAAGAGUAUAAUCCUUGGACAUUUGAAUGGAUAUUAAUCGGUGAGCUCGCUCCAUAUUAUUAAAAUGAUUAAAAGUAUUUAAUAUAUAAUUUUACAAUAUUGUGUGUUUCCUCAAUAAAUCAAGUCACGUCAAGUGUCGACCACUUUUAAUUAUUAAUAUUUCGUUUUUUUUUUAAUUAAAAUUAUUUGGCUGGUUCGUCAUCUUCGAUGUCGACAUUUUGACUCGUAAAAGAGUAAAUGUCGUAAUUCAUAUAGAGGUUGCAUGAGUCACAUCACUUCCCAAAGUGUAUCCAGAUCGUGCAACUUUUCCCCCUCCUCACUAAAAUCCUUCCCGUGACAGUCGUGAAGAAGAUGCUUAUGAUUUCACCAAAAAAAAAAAAUGUGCCUACGAUGCUUUAUUCUUAAAAAUGUUUGUUUUCCACUGGAGUUUUCCGGAAAAUUGGACGAUCCUGAUUUUAUUCAAUUUAUUUUUUUUUUCAUAUAUAUGUGAGCCCAAUAAAUAAAUAAAAAAAAAUCCACUAGUGGUACACAGUGUAAGCGUGGUGAACACCCGAAAAAUACAAUUUAUAUCCAAGAUAUGUGUGGAAGUACAUCUAAGGAAGUCUACAAUUAAAUAAAAUACCGUAUCUAAUACUUAUUAUGUUACAAUUGUAGGUUCUAGGAAUUUAUUAUUACGUCUUAUUUCUCAUAGCUAUGUGCAGUAUGUUGCAGUGGGACCACUCAAAGUUGUUUUGAUGUGCAGUGACCAAAUCCGAAUUUUGAAAAACGAGCGCCAGAGAUAUGAUCAGUCAGUUCUACCAAAACGCCCACGGUUCUCACUACAAUUGGAUGCCACCGGUAGUUUGAUUGCACCGGUAAAACAAUGCAAUGAGAAAAAACGUCGAUAUAAUUAUGCCCUUGUGCUACCGCUUCAAAUCCCAGGAGAUUCCAGCAAUCAUAAGCUUAUUUUCUCGGUAGCAGAUUAUAUCACUAAUCUGCACACCGCCAAAAGUAUUCACUUCUUUUUGUCGGAAGUUGUGGAGCGUGAACCAGGAAUACAAGGUAAGAAUUGAGUAUUUCUGUAGUGAUUAUAUCAUAUACCUUAAGUCAAUAAAGGAUCAGUAUUAUAAAAAAAUUUCAGCCAUCACAACAGAUUUUUGCUGGGCGCAAAUCACUGCAAUCGUACGAUUAAACCGGAUGAUGAACGUAGAAGCGUAUUUGAAGCUCACUUACAGAUAUGUCACGGAAAAUGAUGCCGAACUACACCAAUAUAUGGAUUCAAGCUUCAUUUUUUGCUUUCUCUGUCUUACGCAUUUGAGCAAGAAUGUCUUGAAAGAUUUGACGGCGACAGUCAAGGAUAAACAGGUUCUUGCCGUAAUGCAGUGCAUCUUCGUGGAAAUGGUCCUGUGUAGAGAGUACCAGAGAUUAUUAACUCUUUUCAGAACUCUGUGUAUCAUUCAGUUUACGAAUAAUCGCAUUACCGACGAGUUUGUGCAGUGUAUUUCUGAGGACACGCUGAAACAAUUCAUUGACCACGUUACUAUGCAUGAGGAUGAAGAGAAUUAUGAUGAAGAUACCGACAACCUUCCCUUGUAUGAAACAUCGCCAUUCUUCAAAGAUUGCAGUACUAUUUAUGAAGACAUGAAACACAAGUAUCAACCAGCUGACUCUGCCGUCGUGGACGUUUUUCUUAAAAAGUACAUGGCUUAUGUGCCUUUGUGGACGGCAAUAUGUCACAUGCCUAAGUCCGGAACAGCGAAGCAUAACAGCAUACCAUUUUUCCGAUUUAAUACCAAUUGCGUGGAAAGAUAUUGGGGGCAAACAAAAGAAAGUUUAAGAGCUCAAAUACUUGAGUAUGGAAAAACCCCCAUCGCGAUCUCUCGGUUCAUACGGUUUAAGAAAUCACAGACACGGGCAGAAAUUAUUCGUUACAGGAAUCACAUACCGAUCAGCAAAAUGAGCUGCCGUGCAGGGACUUACAACAGGCAAAUGAAGUCCAAAGCUGAUCUCAAAUUCCACCAAUUAAGUCAACCACUGAAGGUAGAGGACAGUAAUCCUCUCAAUCGAUCUUCCGACAAGACAAAUAUAAAAACAUGUGAUCUUGAAUCUGUUCAGGCUGAAUGGAGCCGAACAUCGAAGCAAGAUCUCCAGACUACUCCUAAGGGACUGCAGUAUAAACCAGUUCAGAAAAAACUGUUCGACAAGCGGCUGGAGACACUUUCUUUGAGAUCAUCGAGCAUUUGUGACUACAUCAAAAUGCACGACAACAUACAGUUGAAUCGAUCCAAGCAUCCGUACUACGUUGCUCGAUUCGGAAACCAUUGUCUUGACGUGAAUGACAUGUGCAGUCUCGCUCCAGGACGGUAUGUAUUAUUUAUAUUCGUAUUUGACUAAACUGUGAAAUGUCUAAAUAAUGUAAACGUCAUUAAGAUAUGAAUUAUUUAUAGAUUAAUAGAUUAAUCUAUCGCGA